UGGCGUAUCCAAGCGGCGCACCUGUAACCAUGACAACCGCGGUCCUCGCGAUCCUCAUGGCAACAUAGUUUGAGUCACGUGAGCAGCGGAUUGUAAACAGCAGCGGUGCGGGGACGAGUUUAGCUGUAGCUAAGAUGCUAACCGCGGAUAUACAGACGUGUAUGACGGUUGUUUUUAAAAAAUAUACGACGUGUGAUGUAUUUCCUGUGAAUUAAGAGCGGAUUAGUGGAAAGUGUUAAAGGUUAUGGAACCAAGAAGACAGUGUUGGCGUUGCUAGCUAGCUGACUAGCCAAGAGGCUUGAUGGGAAAGUGGCGUGCUGGAAUGUAGCUGGGAUUAAAAUGGGAACAAGCGCCUCCAUAUCACUGUGUCGAGGUGCGGCGUCGGUGAAGGUGCUGAAACGGCGCAUUCGUGUGGAACCCGAGCAGCCGACUCAGGACCCGGACACCCGGGCUGUAUUCGGAGUGUCUCUGCAGCGUCUGAGAGACGCUGGGCGGCUACAGCAUGGAGUCCCUCUGGUGCUCAAGAACAUGGUGGAGUUUUUGGAGAAAUAUGGUCUGCAGCAGAGUGGAGUGUUCAGGGUGUGUGGCUCUGCACCACGCUGCAGGACAUUGCGUGUGUGUCUGGACCGCGAUGAGUGUGUGGAUCUGGAGAGGGUGGACGUGCCAACGGUUGCCGCUCUGCUCAAGCUGUAUCUCCGAGAACUGCCCAGUGGACUCAUACCACACACACACAGCACACGCAUGCAGCAGGCACUCAUGGACUCUAAAGAUGGAACAGAGCUGGUUGAGGCGCUGAAGGAAACCCUGCAUCAUCUCCCUGAUGACAAUUACAACAUCCUGUCUUACCUUCUUCACUUCCUGUCUCGAGUCGCUGCCCACAGUCAGUGGAAUCACAUGACCUCCGAGAACUUGGCCACAGUGUUCGGACCGUGCAUUUUCCGCGUCCCUGAGGGCCCGAGGAUGCUGGAGGAGCAGGCCAUGUGCAACACCCUUACGCUGCAUCUGCUGGAGAAACACACACAUCUGAUCCCAAACACACACACCAGCUACACAGCUCACACACAUUCAUGCAACAGCAGCCAUACACACACCACACACACCACACACAGCAGGAAAUCCAUGUUGUCUCCCCCUCAUCUUACUGACAUAUCACGACUACGGCAGGAGCAGUCUUAUACCUCUGAGAGGGUGUGUGAUGUCAAGAUGGGUGUGGCUAAAGAAAUUAGUGCCCUCCCACCAACUGCAGCUGAUACACACCCACUCUCCAAAAGUGACAGGUUCAUCUCAAAACUCGACACAGUGGACAUAGAUGAGAGGAGAGGAAGCGAGGAGAGAGGGACUGAGGCAGAGAAAAAGGAGAAAGCAGGACAUACAGAGAGUCGUCCUGAACAGGAACCAUGCCUAAUGAAGAAGGAUCAGUCCUGCCUCACACGCUCACACAUGAGCCUUGCUCCGGAGCGCCGCACGCCAGACAGCAGCCACACAGACGGCGAGACACACUCCGAUACCAGUGACGAGACGCAUCGCAAAACCAGACACCAGAGACUCGAGAACAGAGACACACACAGCCAGAAGGACAUGCAGUCUAACACGAGCUGCACACACUCUCUGAGUGGUGAUACACAAACUGAGAGCCAAAGCUCAUACUCUGAGCCUGGGAGCACACACACACACAGCAACAACACACACACUGAGGCCAGGAUGUCACAGAGCAAGCAUGUAGCCUCAGAUUAUAGCUGCACACACACUCAGAGUCCUGACACACACACUACCAGGCUGAUGGAGGAGGACAUCAACUCAGCAUCUAGCCACUGCAUCAGGGCCCCUCCCAGUCCCUCUGUUCACUGUCCAAUCUCAAACCAGGCUCAGACUCUAAGCACUGGACAAGACUCCGCCUCCUGUGCACCCUCCAGCCAAUCACGUGUCGUCAGGAAGGAUGAUGCAAACUGUUCCCAUGAGAUGUCGAUCUCUCAGUUGCGUCAGCGUGUUCAGAAGCUCAAGCGAGCAAUCGGGAGCCUUGAGGAAUCCUUCCAGAAUAUCCACAACUACAAGGCUGCUCUCAAUGAUAAAAUGGCUCAUCGUGAAGGGGUGAAGUUAAUGACGGACCUCAGCAAAGCACGCAAGCAGCUGAAAGAGUUGAGAUCAAGACAGUGUGUGCACACUUCAGAAAAGUCUAAAGCCCAGAAGCUCAGUGUGUGUCCACACAAACCCGCGGUGGAGGAGACGGUGAACACGUUAACUCAGCGGCUUAAAGAGAAACGACUGGAACUGAACCUGCCACAGCGCAUUCAGGAUAUGUCUCACGCUCAGUUAGCUCUGGAGAAGAUAACGCUGCAGAAGUGUCUUCUUUACUACGAGAGUCUUCACGGCAGGCCGAGUUCUAAAGAAGAGAGGAGUGUGAUGAAAGAGCUAUAUGACCGAUACCAUGUGGUGAAGCAGGCCUUCUACAGCUCAAACACACAGACCAGUACCACUAGAGGCUCAGAAGAGUGUGUCCAUGUGAAUCUUGUGCCAGGAGAAGAGGACGCUAAUCCUGUCUUCAUCACCCAGAUGGUCACGCAAGCAACAGAUUCCACAAAUGAUACACACUUAGUUCACAGGGUGGAGGUGUUGAGGCAGCUGAAACAGACAAGGAUGGAGAAAAGGCAACUGAGAACACUUCUCAAAGAGUACGAGAAGAACUUUCUCAUAAAGAAUGGCAGGAGUGCACAGAGAGAGGACCGUCUCGUAAUGGCGGAGGAAUACGACCGCUACAAUGCUCUGAAGGACAGACUGAGGCUGCUGAAAGGGAUGCUGGGAAAAAAACACAACCUCAAAGCAGCCAGAGACAGAAUCGCCAUCUGACACACACGUCGCAUCUCGCAUACUUCCUGGGUAUUACUAAGAGUACAGCAUGGAGUUUUUAAAGCCUUCUGGUACACUACAUGGCAGCUCCGCAUCAGUGUAUUGUGGUGCGAGUGUGUGAUUUAUGGUACCAGCCCCGCACCUGCAGUAGUCGAAGUACUCUUGGUUCUGAUUGCGGUAGAAGACGGAGAAGGGGAGCAUCCUGCCAGCGAUGACCUCAGCCUUCUGGAGCAGCUGAGUCAGAUGCACAGGGGAGUAAUCUAUAAAAAAAAUAAAUAAAUAAAUAAAAGACACAGUUUGAUCAGUUAUGUACUAAAAUGGACAAAAAGCUAAAAAAAUUUUUUUUUAAUUAAUUAAUUAAAAGAAACAGUCAUAGCUCCUUCUUGAAGCUGGAAUCUUUUUCCUGGAAACUGGAGUUUUUCCUUGCCACCGUCACCUCUGGCUUGCUUAUUAAGGAUGAACUUAUAAAUUUAAAAUGAUAUUUAUUGAAAAGUUAUAUCUGGAAUUUAUAUAUAAAUAUUUGUAAAGCUGCUUUGUGAUAAUUUCCAUUGUUAAAAGCGCUAUACAAAUAAACCCGAACUGAAUCGAACUGAACUUAGUCCAGCAUCACACACUGAGAAAAGCAAAGCAGUUGUAUGUUAAAAGUCAUUUGAAUGAUAAUGUAGUUCUUAUUUGAUUUGUGCACUGAAUUAUUUUUAAGCCUUAUUCUGCCUUACUUGUGCAAUGCGUCAGUCUCGUAGAAAACUAUGAACGAAAUUCAGACACAGAGUGUCUGGGUUGAUCGCAUAAGUUUGAUGCAGGUGGAGAAAAAUGUUUGAAAUAUCAUAUUUGCUAUAACUUUUUGUACAAAUCGUUUUUGUAUCUCAUAUUGUAUGAAGAAAAAUGUGAACUAAAAUAACUUAUACCCCAGCGCUGUGGAAUUCUCAAAUCUGGCUUUCUAUAACAGCAGUUCUGACAUAUUAAUGACAUAUUAUUAAUGCGCUCGGUCUAAUGCGCUCAGUACUGUUUCUAUAGUAACAGCUCAUUCACAGGGACUUGCACGGUGGACGCGUCCCAUAAUCUAAGUCUAAUAAUAAACGCAUUUUAAAAAUGUGUUGUUUAACAAAGUAAAAUGUAGAACCGUUGAUGUGGUGAAGUUUUUUGUUAGGAGAUGUUUAUGUAAUAUUUAUGGAAGGAGUCUCAGGUGUCAGGGCUUCGUAAGAGUCACGGUGCUUUUUAAAGUCUUCAGGAAAGAGGAGUUCACGCUUUCUGGUUUCUGAGUAAUAGGACAAGCUGCAUUUUUUUUUUUAGUAAGAGAGAGAGAGAAAGAGAGAGACUGGUGUAAACAGGAACUGACUUGUCUCUCAGAUGUUCCACAACAUUAAAUCUACCUGUUAAAAUUAAUUUAAACUGUUAAAAUGCACAACGUGUUGUUCAUUAAUAAAUAAAACAUUGUAAUCUUUGGCAAAUUGCUGUGGUAUAAGUGGAAGAACACACACUUCAGACCGUGCUGUUAGAUGAAAAUAAUGCACUGUUAGCCGUCCAUGCUGUUAUUGGAAAAUAAUCAACUUCCGGGUGGUAACAGUAACUUCGUAUUGUUACUGUUAAUGAUUUUUCUAUAACAGCAUGCCCUCAAGUGUUUUAUUCCUUACUUAAUCAACAAUGUGAAAUUAUAGCUUUCUAAAAUUGUACACAAAUAACUUGUACCAAUAAAUUUAUUCACUAAUGCAGUUUUUUAAUUCUUUGUCAUCUUUUAAGGAUUUAUGCGUUGCAUUUUUUUAAUUGUAAAAAAAACGGAAUAAUGGAAAAAAGGCUGUUUUUCUUGUGUGUGUGUUUUCUGCUGUUUCUCAUUCAGAUUAGGUUGUAUAAGAUUUUCAGUGAGGUG